ACACGGUUUCCAGCCUAAGGCUUGGAUCAACUCUAUACAGUACUUGAUGUUAUGUAUUCCGAUUAACAUGAAGGCAAGCAUGGGCUUUCUCAAGGGCCUGCCUUUAUAUUCAAGUAAAGUUGGUUGGGAGGAGCCCUGAAGUGAGAAGUGGUCACCCUUCCCAUCAUGAAUCCGAAAGAGAAGUACAAGGGGGUCCUGUAAAUUCACAAAGAAGAAACAAGGAAAAAAGUUGAAAAGGAAAUAAAUUGAAAGGGAACUGCUCCUCAAAGGAAGAACCAAAAAUCAAGCUUCUCUAAGGAGAAUAAAAAAGCAAGCGGUACAAACUCAGGAGGUCGCCGGAGAAGAAAUCAUGAGGAUGACAUAAGGACUUCAAUCUAGACUUCCCCCCUUAUUGCCAUCUUUAAAGGAUCAUUUAGCGUAAGCUAGUGAUGCGAAAAGUAUGGGGAAGAAAGGAGGUUGGAUCUCUGCAUUGAAAAGGGCCUUCACCCCAAAAUCCAAAGAGAAGUUUGCCACUGAUCCAGAGAACUAUGUGACGGAGAAGAAGCAGGGACCAGAAAGAAGAAGACAUGGGGAGCUAAAUUCCUUCAUCCCUCUUUACAGAGAGCCAAGCACCAUUGAAAAAAUAUUGGGUGAUAUUGAGAAAGAGCAGCAAUACAAGGCACAACAAGUGUCUAUAAAACGGUUCGUUCAGCAGUUUAAAUCUCCCAUAACAAGACAGAAUAACAGUGCUAAUACAUCAAAAAAUGUAGUUUCAGCUAAGGUAGAUUCUUCGUACGUGAAGACAACAGUUGCUCCAUAUAAGGUAAAAUCUAUCAUUCCAAGAAAACAGGCAAUCAGACACAACAGUAAAUCCAUCACAUCAAAUUAUGAUCACAUUUCUGCAACAAAGAUUCAAGCAGCUUACAAGGGUUAUAUGGCUAGGAAAAGUUAUAAAGCACUGAAAGGUCUGCUACGGCUAAAGAAAAUGAUGGAAGGGCAGAGUGUAAAGCGUCAAACAAUGAACACAAUGAGAAGCAUGCAGCUUCUUGUGAGAAUCCAAGCACAAAUUCAUGCAAGAAGGCAUCAGUUGAUGGAGAACCAAAACAUCCAUCAAAACCAGGUAUCAUGGAGGAGCAGAAAAGAAGCCGUCAGCUGCUCAAGCAAGUGGAACACCAGUUAUCAUCAACAGUGGGAGCGAGACGCGUAUGAUGAAUGGGAUGACAGCAUGCUUACAAAAGAGGAAAAGGAUUCCAAUGUAAAAAGGAAGGUGGAGGCUGUCAUAAAAAAGGAAAGAGCUUUAGCAUAUGCAUGCUCCCAUCAGUUGCUAACAACAACGCCGAAGGCCGCCAAUGCAGCGCUCAAAGACGCUAGGUCAGGGGGGGUCCCAGCAUGGGAGAACUGGUUCGAGAGCCAGAUCACCUCGGUAUCCCGCCACGCAAAGACACCGGAGCAGCCGACCCACAGACCCUCGUCGGCUGCUACAACCGCCGGCGCCGCCCAUCAACGUCUCAGCAGCCGCAGCAAACCACCAAAAACCCCUUUCGACGGCUCCACCCCUCGAUUCUCAAAGCCCCUUCAAACGCACAACUCAUCGAACAGGUGGCAGGCCACUCACAUGAGACCCACCCUCAGGGACGAUGACAGCCUCACAAGCUGCCCAGCCUUCACGGCUCCGCUUGCCGCGUCGGGAAUAUCAACAACAGUGGUUCCGAAUUACAUGGCUCCCACAGUUUCCGCCAAAGCAAAGGUAAAGGCAGCUGCAAUGGAAAGCGGCAGAGGAGCAAAGGAGGGUAGGAGGUUUUCAUUUGCACUGAGCCAGAGCAUCGGGUCCCUGAAACUGUUCUCUGCGAUGAAAAUCGUGGCUCCGCCAGUUCCUCCGCCGAAAGUGGUCAGCGGCAGGCACCGGUCAACGCCUUCGGUCGGGGAACUGAGCGUGGAUUCCACCGUCUCCCUCCCGGCUGGCAUAGGAAGGAGACCUUCCAGGGAAUCCUACAAUGCCCGUCCAGCAUAAUGAACAGGGGUUUGUGUGCUCUUUCUUCAGACUGGUUUCAUUUCAAUGUUUUUUAUUAAUUUAACAAUUGAUUUUCCUUUUUCUUGGGUCGUGUUUAAUAAUUCCACCCUUUCUAUUGCACCUCCGGAUUGAAUUUGUAUGUCUUUUUUA